GCAACGUGCCGGUAACUUUUAGCCCAACUCAAUUUCCAUUUCCCAUAUUUAUUCGAUCCGAUAUCAUAAUAUGAACGAUUUGAAUUUGCGCGUGGCCGCCUUGAAGCUCUGCGCGCAUCCCAAGCGAUUUGCGGAGCUGCGCGACUCGUUGGUUCCGCUGCCCAACAGGUGGAAUGCCGCACCCCAUAAAUUUGUGCGGCAGUUCGCUGAGGCCAAGAGCAGUGCGGAGCAGGUCCUGGUGGUCAAGGACAUCUUCUACAGGGGCCACGAUAUGGACCAGGAUCUGGAGCAGGAGCAACAGGAAGUAAGGCACUUCCUGGCCGAUCUGCUGCUGGCCAGUCCACUGAAGCAUGCCGUGCGCAACCAGCUGACCAAACUCUUCUCGGACAACGGGCUGGCCAAACAGGAUGCACAGCGGCUGCACCGGCACUCGAAGGAUCUGCUCUUGGAGGCACUGCAGCAGUCACUUGGCUCACUGGCCAGAAAUCUAGAGGGGAUUGCCAGCCACGACCGCACCAACGACACCUUCGUCUCCGCCAACGCCUGCCUGCAGAACUUCCCCUUCGGCCGCGAGGCACUGGGCCGCCAGGUGCUCCUCUUCGCGCCGCUCCUGCCCACCGCCAUGGAGCGCUACUGGACGGACAUAAGUGAUCCCUCGCUGGAACUGUCGCCAACGCGCCGCAACGAGCUCUACCUGUACGUGCAGAACGCGCUGCGUUUCCUGGUGAGCCUGCUGUCCGAGUGGAGCGACCGGUUGCACCAGGGCGGUGGCCAGCAGCUGCUCAGCUCCGCGGAUGUGGUGGCCCGACAGGUGGCCCGCCACGUGGACACACCGUGGGAUGUGCGCUCCAUUGCCGGCCUGCUGAUCGGUCACCUGGCGCGCUUCUCGGGCGCAUUCGUGGAGUACCUGGCAGAGUGCGCGAGGCCACGGACGGGGGAGCAGGAUCUGCCUGUCCAGACGGCCGCCCUGCUCGUCCUGCGGCGCUCGGACUACGCGGAUCAUGCCCCCCAGGCCCUGGCCAUUCUCCGGAUGAUCCUGACCGUCGGCGAGCGGGAGGGCAGCGUGAGCAACCUGCUCGUCUUCCUCUCCAAGCACCUCUUCAUCUACUCCAAGUCGCUGGCCGAACUUCGCUCCUUACUGCCCGCCAACCAGGUGCUCGUCUACCGGCAGAUCCUCGCGGAGCUGCAGGUCUUCGCCCUGCAGAACAUUUCCAGUGCCACGGACUCGGUGCGCCACAUGAGCAGCGCCCUGCUGCGCCAGGUGCUGCAGCACGCCCGGGCCAGCGGCCAGGAGGAGCUCUUCCACGUGGUCUACGGCCAAUUCGAGGCUCGAUCCGCGGCCCUCAGUGCCAGCUGCCUGGCAAUGGAGCAGCUGGUCGCCGUCGCCGGAGUGAGCCAGUGCAUCGAACACUGCCCGUCGCUCUUCGGCGUCAUCUUCCCGCGCUUCCUGGGCUGCGAGGACAGUGUGGAUGCCCUGUUCAAAGUCAUGAUGGUGUCCGGCCACAAGACGCAGCCGCUGGCCGAGUGGCAGGGCCUGUGGUUCGGCCAGCUGCUGGCGGCCACCCAGGUGGCGGACAAGCGGCGCUCGGUCAUCGAGCAGCUGCUCACGCAGGCGGUGCAGCUGGAGCCGCAGACGCUGGCCCACCUGCUGCUGCUGCGGGGCGACGCUCGUCUGCCGCUGAGCAGCAAGCUGGCGGCGAUCCUCAGUGUGCGGCAGUUGAGCGAGCGGCGGCGGCAGGAGCUGCUGUGCGAUCUGAGGCCGGAGUUGGAGCAGGCCCUCCUCGGCCUGGACGACCAUGCGCGCCUCCUCGCGCUGCGCUUCGUGGUGGAGACGUCGCGGCCCAGCGAUCCCUUGACUUCCGCCGAGGCGGAGGCCAUCGGACUCUAUCUGCGCCACAAUGCCAACAAUCCGAGCGCCCAUCUGCGCCAGCUGGGCUACGCCCUGCUGCAGAAGGCGCUGCGCAGGAUCCAUCUGGGUCUGGCCGCCCAUCAGAAGCGACCAACGGUUGAGGGACAGCAGUUGGUCAGCCUGCUCCAACGACUCAUUGGCCAACUGUGGCGAUAUCUCUUUCCCACAGCGAACUAUGGACGCCGCUGGCUGUCGCUGCACUUACUCCACGACUGCAUGGAUUUGGGCAGAAAGCUACAGCUGGAUGGGGAGCUGCUGCUGCCGCCGGAGGCGUUGGCCAAUCUGGAGCACUGCCUGGGCGACAGCUACGAGCAGAACAAGAUUCUGGCCGCCCAGCUGCUGGAGUCGCUGCAAACCCGCUGCCGUUUUCGACCGCACGAGAUGAUGGAGCUGCUGCUGUCGCUGCGGCCACCGGAUUCGGCCACCGGUGCCUUCCAGCUGCAGGUCUACUGCCGGGCCAAAGAGGUGGACUAUCCAUUGCCCGCUGGGGAGACGACUGCCACGGACUACGAGAGAAGAACCCACACGGCACUGCAGUGGUGUCUGGAGCAGCUUAGAGCCGGCUUGGCCCUGGCCCAACGAGAUCUGGCCGAGGCGGCCAAGCUGAAUCCGAUGUACGGCCUGCUCUUCGCCAGCCGUCAUCUGAUGCAGCAACUCAAUCUGCAGGAACUGGCCGCCAGAAGGGAGCCAGCCUGGAGGCGAUACGUGGAGGAGCUGGUCAGCAUCUGCCUGGCGGUCAGUCGGGUGGUGCUGCCCGUGGUCAGCAGUGCCUCGCCCGAGGGCCAUCUGCCCGCCGCCACCGGCGACCAGGAGACGGAUCAGCCACUGGCCAAUGUGCUCAGCCGACGGCUGGCCAGCGAGGCACUGCAGCUGGUGCGCACCACGCCGCAGAUGGUGCUGCUCUGCGCCUGGCGCAGCAUCAAAGAGGUCUGCCUGAUCCUCGGCGAGCUGGUGCAGCGGGCGCCGUUGGAGGCGGAGGAGCAUCAGGAG